ACUGAUAAGGCAUAUUUGCUACUACAAUUCAUUACUGCUAUCAAGAACAAUCAUCAUAAUAAAUUAAGCAUAAAGUGAGAUUGUGAAAUUCUUUUAAAAUAGUUAAAUAUUUUAUUAAGAAUGUUUAAAAGGCUAAAAGGAUCCAUUGGAAAAAACGAUGAACCGAAAACACCAAAUUCUUUACCACAAAAUCGCCCAACUUGGAGUAGCUUUUCUACAAUAUCUCCACUGAAUCCAGAAAUGGAAGAUUCUCAAUUUUGUAUCAAUGAUGAUAUUGAAGAAACACCUAAGAAUUCACCAGCUCGUGUUGCCGUCAGUGAAAGUACUACUGUUGAUCUUGGUAAAUUUAGCCAAUCUUCUUCAUCAUUAGUGAAUGAUCAUCUUUCAUUUCAUACUGAUAUUGAAUCAGCAAGUGAAAUAGAUGAUAGUGCGAGUGUUGUAUCUGAGUAUGCAAAUGAAAUCACUAAAGAAAAUUUAUAUGCUGCUUAUAAAAAACUUCAUGGUCGCUACCAUAAACAUAAAUUUAAAUAUACUGAAUUAGCUGAUAAAUUCAAACAAACAAUGACCAUACAUGAUAAAGAUAAAAUUACUAUGACAAAGGCUCAAGAUAAACUACUUCAAAGAAUUGCAGAACUUAAAGAACAGUGUACUUUGGAACAAGCUGCUAAAGCCCACAUGGAAGAUGCAUUAAGAAAUGAUAUAGAAGAAAGAGAUCAUAUAAUAUCUACUCUUAAUACCAAAAUUGAUUUGUUAAAGAAAAAUAGUUCUGAUGAGUGUGAAUCAAAUUCUAUUGGCUCUGCUGAUUUAUUGGAUAAAUGUGAACGAUUAAAUGAAGAACUAUCUUCAACAAAAUCAGAAUGUGCAUCGUUAGAAAAUCAAAUUGAGUUGUUAAAAAAAAGCGAAGAAAUCACUUUGUUAAGUUUAGCAGAAAAUAAAAUGGCUAUUCAUAAAGAACUUGAAACCAAAGAAGACCAAAUCAAAAAAUUGGAGAAAACCAUAAAUGGGCUUCAAAUGGAAAAUCAGAUAUUAUUAAAAGAAAAAGCUAGUCAUUUGUCUACAAAUUCAUAUCAGAUAAAUAUAAAUCAAAAUAUUCAAGAAGAAAUAACUAAGCAACUUAAUGAGCUAGAAAGUGAUAUGUCUUCAGCAUUUGAGUUUAAAGAAAAUGAAGUAAAAGAACUGAGGAAUAAAUUAAAAACUUUUGAACAACGUUUUGAAGCACAAGAGCAAAAAAAUAUUUCAAAUGAGGAAGUUUUAAAGAAUAAUGAAAAUAAUUAUAAAUUAGUUAUCUCUAAUUUAGAACAGAGCUUAAAUGACAACAAGAUUUCAUCUUCAAAGAAAAUUGAUACAUUUUUAAAAGAAAUUGGUGAAAAAUCACAAGUAAUUAAAAAUUUAACAGUUAAAUUAAAGGAAAUGGAGAAACUGAAACAAGAUUAUGAAAAAAAUAAAAAUGAAAUCCAAGAUUUAAAAAGUCAAAUUGUUCAAACUAAAAAACUUGUCAAAGAAAAUGAAUUAAUUCGUGUAGAUGAACAGAAUAGAUGUAUUGAAGAAUUGAAACUGAAAUCAGAAGAAAUUUCUAAUUUAAAAGAUAAAUUGAAAUUAUUACAAAAUACAUUUAAAGAAAACGAAAAAAAAAACUUAGAUCUUCAAAAUCAUAUUGAUGAAAUUAGUUUUAAAAAUAAAAGCCUUAUAGAAUCUGAAGAAGAAUUAAAGGUGACAAUUUUUAAUUACAAAAAAUCCAAUGAUGAGUUACAAGAUACUAUAAAAUUGUUACAAAAGGAAAAACAAAAAAUUAUUGAUACAAUGAAAUCAAAAAUGGAUGAGAAUCAACUAGAAAUUGAAAAAUUAAAUAAUUUAAAUAAAGAAAUGUUAUGUCAAUUAAAUCAGGAUAAAUUAAUUCAAAUUUCUGAAGAACGCAGUAUUGAGUCGGUAAUUAAAGAUUAUAAUCUCCUCACAGAAGAAAAUGCGUAUUUAAAAAAAGAACGACAAAAAAUGCUCCAAACAUUCCAAGAUAUGUUAAAAAAAAUUAAAGUUGAUUUUGGAAAUCUUAAGUCAUUUGCAGAAGAGCAAUUGACUGAGUGUUCAUUUAUACUUGUUAAACAUAUAAAUCACUUGAAGGCUGAGUUCUCAUCUAAAAUUAAAUUGUACCAUAAUAAUUUGACUGAAACUAAACAAAAGUUAGAAAUAAUUCAAAAAGCAUAUUUAAUAUUAAAAUCUGACUGUGUUCAGAAUCUAGAUUAUUUUAAAAUUGAAAUAAUUGAAAAAUAUAAUGAAGAUGUACUGUUUUUAUUAUCUCAAAAUAAUAAAGAACUAGAAAAAAGAAAAAUAGAUUUACUUAGACUUCAAGAAGAAAUUGAUAGCUAUAGAAAAAGUGAACAUCGCUCCGUAAAAGCAGAAGUGAAAGAAACUAUACAAGAGUUACAAGAAUGCAUAGAAUUACAAAAAAAAACAUAUACAAAUCUACAAGAUGAGUAUUCUAAUUACCAAGUGAAUGAAAAGAAAAAAUGGACAGAUAAGCUAAUAGAAACUGAAAAUAAGUGGUUAGAAAAAAUGGACAACUACAAAAAAAUGAUGGAUACAGAGCACAGAGAAGAAUUAGAAGCUUUAACUAAUGAAUGGACUAAUGAACAAAAACAUAAUGCACUUACAUUAAUGACUGCUGAUAGUAAAAAUGAAGAGACUCUUGAAAAAAUAAUUCAAGAUGUUGAGACCACUUCACAACGAGAAGAAGCACUUCAACGUCAAAUAACUAAACUUAAUAAAGAACUCUCUGAAUUAAAAAAAAUGUAUAGAAAUGAAGUUCAUAAUAAACAUAGAAAUAAUGAAGGAGACGAUGAUGAAAAUGACGUUAAUAACAAAGAUGGAUGUGAAAUGGAAUAUUUAAGAAAUAUUUUAUAUGAGUAUAUGAUGGGGAAGCAACCUAUGGUAUUAGCCAAAGUAUUAGCUGCUAUAGUGAAAUUUGACUCCAACCAGUUGAGCACAAUACUACAAAAAGAAGAACAAAAAGUUUCUUUGUUAAAAACCUUAGGACUGUGAUAUUAACUGUCCAGAAGCAAAGAAUAAUUAUUAUACCUAUUGUCAUCUCAGCUGUUCUUACUUCACUAUACUAGCAUCAUUCCGUACAUAGUUUUCAUUUGCAAUUUUUAUUAUGGUGCGAUUAUUUUAUAGCAAUUUAAAUUUUUAAUUUGUAUUAUAUACCUUGUAUUGUUACCAAAAUAGGUAAUUAUAUGUUAUUAUUAACAUAGUAUUUAUUAUAUGUUAGAUCACAUUAAUAUUAUACUCAUAGGUAAAACUAAAGGUCAGCUAAGUAAGAUAAGGUUAGGCUUGACCUAAUACCCUGUUAGGACGUUGAUCUUAAAUUUAGUAUUUAUUUGGGUGAUUGUAAACUUUGAUUUAUUUUCUUACCUGUAACGAAUGGAAACUCUUCCAGUGUUCAGGUUUUCCUGCAUUAAAUAUGUUGAUAUUUGUUGCGAUAACGUACCUUGAAAUUGUUAACAUUUAUAUUAGUUUAAUGUGUCGAAUACAUUUAUUUAUUAAUAUUAAAAAAUAAUUUAGUGAAAAAUUGUCAUCACAUUAUUUUAGUUUACAGUUUAAAAUAUUAUAACAUAAUAUUCCUACAUAUUUUAUAAUAAUUACGAUUAUUAUUUAUUUAAUAUAAUACACAUUAUAAUAAUACUACAAAGUACAUAUUUAAUGUGUUUGGACCAUUAUUAUUUAAAAAUUUUUUAAUAAUAUCAUGUACAAAGUAAUUUUACAUUUUUAACUAACUUUUUAGUUUCAAGUCUUACAUAUUUUUUAUGCUUAUUUCACGUUACUAUUAUUUAAUAUUGACCAAUUUUAUUACAAAAAUUAUGAUUUUUUUUUUUUAUUAAUAACAUAAUGUAAUGAUUUUAUACCUUUACCUGAUUUAAUUGGCAGAGUUUACAUGAACCCAAUUUUACCUGGUUUAUUACCUGUCAAAUUUUACAAUAAAAAAAGUUCUUGUGGCAAAGUUAAGUUUACAUGCUUUAAUUUAUUUAAUUAUUUAAACUCUAAAAAAAUAUAAUAACAUUUUUAUUAAAAAAAAAAAAAUGAUGUCUACACAGUUCUCUAUCUAUAUUAUUAUGUAAUACCUACUAAGUAAUGUGUAUACAGGCGUGGUAUUAUUCUUGAAAUUUAAUUGUCGUAAAAUGAAUAAAUAAAAAAAAAAUUUUUUGGUAUAGGACAUUAUUUUCAUAUAUUUUAGCCUAAUUUUAAGAGAACGACCAGUUUUGCCUAUGAUUGUAUUAUUAAUUUUGUUAUUUAUUUUUAAUCAACAAACAAUAUCAAUCAAUUAUUGUAUGAAUAAGUAAUUAAAAAUAUUCAAUAUUAUUUAUAGUUUUGGAUAUUAAUUUUUAAACAAUGUAUUAGUUUAUAUGUAUUAUCUAUUAUCUUAUAAAUAUUUAUAAAAAAGAAUAUUAAAUUUGCUGAUUUAUGGUAUAUAAGCUUAAAAAAAUACUUAUACUUGUCUUGUAAUAUUGUAGUAUAAUCAAAUUCGACAUAUCUGAAAUAUCAAAAGAUUAAUUGAUAUAAGUCACAUACAUAAUACUUAAUGACAUAUUGUGCAUACUUAUCCACUAUACUUUAUUUUGUAAAAUAUUUUAAUAGUUUAAAUUUCAUUAUUUUAUAUACUUUACAAACCAAUUUUUGAUUUUUAAGUGGUAUUCUGUAUUUUUAAUUAAAAUAUAUUAAUUUAUGUAAUUUACAAUACUGAAAAUGCUAGUUUAUUAGCUUUAAGUGUGAAAAUCAAAAAUUGGUUUGUUUUUUCAAUACAAAAAAAAAUAGAUACAUUUAAAAUAAUUGAAUUUUAUUUCUGUAAACAAAGAUAAUUUUUUAUAAGAUAACUGAUAAAUAUUCUGAAAUAAUAAAAGUAUUUUCUGGCUACUUUUGAAUAUUUUUAAAUUUGGUACACAAAAUUGUUAACAAAUAUUUAAACUUUUAAUAUUUGACUAUUAUUUUAAAUGUUUACAUAAUUAAUGAUAAUUAUUAUUUUAUUUUAGUAAAUAUUGAUGAUUGACAAAACUAAAGUAAAUAUUUAAAAAACUUAUUUACAUUGAAUUUGGCUGUUAAUGGUAAGGUUAAGUAAAAAUAUUGUUAUUUUGUGUGUACAUUCUAGAUAAGUGCAAGUCUGGUAUUAAAUAGUAUACUAUACAUA